AUGUUCAGUGACGACCUGUUUUCUAACUUUUUCCCGUCAAAUCUUAUUUCAAAUUCCCUAUUUAGCGACUCUAAUAUCAUUCGGACCAUAGAGUCUCAUGAGAGAGCAUUCCAGCAGGUGCACAAUGAAUUCAAGAGAGUGGCACGAGAAAUGUUUGACACAGCAAUGCGCCCAAGACAGUUGUACCCUUCUAAUUAUAGAAGUGGCUCACGUAUCCCAGCUGGUCAAAUAGUGGCGAAUGGGAGAGACCACGUACGAGUUACACUUGGUGGAAAUGUGGUAAACGAUAGUUUUGCUCACCAGCGUAUGAACAGACACAUCAAUGAUGAUCCAGUUGUAUUCAACAGGUCAAGACUACAGUGGUACGACUCAAAUACACGUAGACAACUCUUGCCUGAGCCACCGACACGUCCGGGACCGUCUGGACUCAUUACAAGAAAUGAAUUAGAAAAACUGCCAGUCAGCAUGUACAGGGUCAAGAGGCACGAACCGACCAACAGUGAUCAAGCACAUGCAGCUAACUCAUUCGAAAGCUCACCCAACACUUCGACGUGUAUUCCGGUGAUAAAUAGAAAUCAGAGCAGUACACCAUUGUCACCGGGAUCCGCUUAUCUACAGCCUGAGUCGAAAUCAGCCACACUCUUCGAGAUUCAACCCAUACAGUCGUCUCCAUCGACAGGUCGGGCGGAAUGUGAGAUAUGUCUGAAUGAAUAUCAAAACAAAGAUCGGCUCCGACAUCUUCCUUGUGGUCACGCGUUCCACACGAAGUGCAUCGACAUUUGGCUGAAACAGUCGACAACAUGCCCAAAAUGUCGUGCUGGAAUCCGUACUGCACUGGGUCGACUGGAACGUGCCCGUCUUCGACUAAGGACUCAGUCAAACAACGGAACAAGUUCGACAGCAGCAUCUGUACGACCUCCUCGUCCACGACUGUGUGCUUCCACUUCAGGUGCUCAGGAACAGAAUCGUACAACGACCUCAGGACAGAGUUCAACCAUCACAAGUACUUCCACUACUGCCAAUUCUACUAAUCGAAGCCAAAUGACAACUCGUAAUACUGUUGGUCCGAGUUCCUCUGACACGUCGACCAGUCGUAAUCUUCGUCAACGAGUUAAACCUUCUUAUUCUCCAUGCACAACCUCCGCUACCACCAAUACCAUCACUAACACCACAACUGCUACAACGACAUCAGCUACCAGUACUGUUGCUGCGACACCAACCACUGCAUCGCAUACACCAGAAAUUGUUCCGUCUCAAGACACUGGGAGUAAUCAAAUUCAGUUGACAUCCAAUCAAUACAAUCCACAAGUGAACACGAAACGUUGUGAUAGAGUUAAUGAGUCGACGACCGCUCGACAGAAGGCUGUGGAAGCAGCUCUGAGACGAGAAGCAGAGUUCCGCCGGAGACAACUGAAUGAAGUGGAUGGGACGUUGAAUUAA